GGAUGACAAGACUCUGACCACAACAACGCCGUCAGCCAACGCACCGUACCCAACAGUCCGGGACCUCAGCCGCCGCACAGCCGCACGGAUGAGGGAGUCAGCCCCGAGCAUGAGGAAGAUGGCGCUGAUGACGAUGACUGUGAUGACGGUGAUGAAGGGGGCCCAGUCCUGCGUGGUUCAGGGGUCCGGCACCGUGGAGUGCGUUGGCGGUAACAUCACGGAGAUGCCCUCGUUGAGCCCGCACACCACCGUCACCCUGAAUAUCAGCCAGACCCAUAUCAAAGGAUUGUCUCUCGAGACCUUCACAAACCUGAGCCACCUCAGCAAAGUGUGGAUCAUGAAGAACGUCAUGCUGCUGAAGAUCCAGGACUUCGCCUUUGCUAACCUCCCAGCGCUCCGGAUUAUAUACAUCUCUGAGAACCCCGCGUUGGAGACCAUCGGCUCCAACGCCUUCUCCAACCUCUCUGCGCUCAACGAGAUAAUCAUCACCAAGUCGAAGCACCUGAAGAGCAUCCACAGCUCUGCCUUCAGCGGCCUGAGUGAGCUGCAGUACCUAACCAUCUCAAACACCGGCCUUGAGGUUUUCCCAGACUUCAGCAGAAUCCUCUCUAAUACAUCGGGAUUCCUGCUGGUCCUAGACGAGAACAGCUUCCUGCAGAGGGUCCCCGGAAACGCCUUCAGGGGUCUCUGCACGUGGACCAUCGAUGAGAUACAGCUGACCAGGAACGGCAUCACAGAGGUGGAGAGUGACGCCUUCAACGACACCCGGCUGAUACGACUGAUUCUGACAGGCAACCACCAGCUCACCACCAUCCACCCCAACGCCUUCUCCGGGUCUGCAGGACUGACGUUACUGGACGUGUCCAACACGGCGGUCCGUUCGCUGCCCGAGUCCAUCCUGGAGGGCCUGGAGACGCUGGGCGCGGAGAACGCACGGCAGCUGCGGACGCUGCCUCCGCUGUUCGGCCGGCUGCGGCACGCCAACCUCACCUAUCACUGGCACUGCUGCGCCUUCCUCGACUCCAACAGCAAGUCCAAGUGGGACUCCAUCUGUUCACAGCCAGAGGCCCAUCUGCCGAUAUACUGGAAGUUCUACCAGGCCCACUGCACCAAGUCCUGCAACCCCCAGCCCGACGCGUUGAACCCCUGCACGGACAUCAUGGAGACGUCCCCCCUCAGGGUCCUCAUCUGGGUCAUCUCCCUCCUGGCCCUGCUGGGCAACGCCACGGUGCUGCUAGUGCUGCUAGCCAGCCGGGCCAAGCUCACCGUCCCUCGUUUCCUGAUGUGCCACCUGGCGUUCGCUGACCUGUGCAUGGGCGUGUACCUGGUCGUCAUAGCGAUGGGGGACAUGGUCACGCGGGGGCAGUACUUCAACCACGCCAUUGCCUGGCAGAUGGACUACGGCUGCAACAUCGCCGGCUUCUUCACGGUGUUUGCCAGCGAGCUGUCGGUCUUCACUCUGACGGCCAUCACCUUGGAGCGCUGGCACACCAUCACCAACGCCCUGCGCCUGGACCGCAAGAUCCGGCUGCGCCACGCCUGCGUCGUCAUGGCGGCGGGCUGGGUGUUCGCUCUGCUGGCCGCCGCGUUGCCCACCCUGGGGGUCAGCAGCUACGACAAGGUGAGCAUCUGCCUGCCGAUGGACGUGGAUUCCCUGCUGUCCCAGGUGUACGUGGUGGGCCUACUGCUGCUCAACGUGCUGGCCUUCCUGGUGGUCUGCGUCUGCUACUUCAGCAUCUACCUGGCGGUGCUCAAGCCCUCGUCCACGCCGCCGCACGCCGCCGACACCGACGUGGCGCAGCGCAUGGCCGUGCUCAUCUUCACCGACUUCCUGUGCAUGGCGCCCAUCUCCUUCUUCGCCAUCUCGGCCGCCCUGAAGCUGCCGCUCAUCACCAUGUGGCACGCCAAGCUGCUGCUGGUGCUCUUCUACCCCAUCAACUCCUGCGCCAACCCCUUCCUCUACGCCUUCUUCACGCGCACCUUCCGCCGCGACUUUGUGCUGCUGGCCGCGCGCUUCGGCCUCUUCAAGGCGCAGGCACAGAUCUACCGCACCGAGAGCUCCACCUGUCAGCAGCCCGCCUGGGCAUCGCCCAAGAGCAGCCACGGCACGCUGUACUCGCUGGCCAACAUCAGCCACUAGCCCCCCGAACCCUCUGGUCCUCCCCUCCACCCACCUGCAGCCACAGGACGCUGGACUCACUGGCCAACAGUCACUAGCCCUCGACCCACUAUAGCCCUCACAGGACCCUGGAACCACUAGCCUCACAGGACGCUGGACUCAUUGGCCAACAGUCACUAGCCCUCGACCCACUAGCCCUCACAGGACCCUGGAACCACUGGCCAACAUGAGUCUCCUCCGCUCCACCCCACGCCCUUACCAGCAGCCGCCACCAGGGGGCAGUGAGGGUCCAACCCAGAGCCAACGUCUUUGGGGAAAUCUCACGGGAACUGGACAUGCCAAUAAUGCCGGAGGCACAGUAAACAGUUUUGCAGUUAUUAUUAUUGCAAAGGGAUAUCGUUUGUAUUAUUGUUUGUUUGGUUUUCCUUGUCUUUUUCGUUGUUGAUUAAUCUUUGGUUGUAACCUCAUUCUAUUGAGUCUCUUUGCUUUUUGGAGAGUGAAUCAAAUAUUUGAAUAUUUGAUAAUUAAUUUAACUCAAAUAUUGUCGACCGGACGUCUUGAGCAUCCACACAAAAAAAGUGGUAAGGUGUUUUUUUCACUGAACUAAAUUUAAUGCUGUAUUUAACUCUGUAUCAAACAGUUUGCUUGUAUAUCCUGAAUAACAUUUAUACAUAUAUGAUACGUGAA